CCGGCAGCAGCAGCAGCAGCAGCAGCCGAGCCGCGUUCCGCUCCGCGCCAGCGCCCGCAGCAACUUUGCCGCUCCGCGGGGUGCGGGAGCGGGGCGAUGUGACCGCGCACCCGGCAGCGGAGCACCCCCGGCAGCGCGGAGCGGAGCAGCGAGGAGCGGAGUCCCCCCUGCUUCCCUCCCCGGCGGGGCGGAGCGGAGCCCUCACCUCCCCCCCGCCUCCAUCCUCGGCGGAGCAGCGCGGAUCCGAGCGGAGCCCCUCCGCCUCCCUCCUUCUCUCCCUCCCUCCCUCCCUCCCCGGCGGCGGCCGCAGCCCGGGGCGGGAGCGCGGAUGCGGCGCGGAGCCCGGCGGAGCCCAGCGCGGGGCCGGGGCCGGGCGGCGCGGAGCGCGGGGGGAUGCUGAGCCCCGCCGCCCGGCACCGCGCCCGCCGCCAGGAGAUGCUCCUCGUGCUCGCCCUGUGGCUGGCGUGGCAAGAAGCGCCCGCGGCGCCGACCCCCGCGGCGGAGGACAUCACCCGGGGAGUUGACUGGCUGACAAAAUUUGGGUAUCUGCCUCCUCCAGACCCUGUCACGGGGAAGCUGCAGACGCAGGAGAUGCUCACCAAGGCCAUCACUGCCAUGCAGAGGUUCGGGGGGCUCCAGGCAACGGGGAUCCUAGAUGAAGCCACACUGGAGCUGAUGAAGACCCCUCGCUGCUCUCUGCCCGACCUUGCCACUGCGGAGACCAGGAGGAAGCGAUUCAUCCAGGCUGUCACCAAGUGGGGCAAAAGGAACCUGUCCUGGAGAGUUCGCACCUUCCCGAAAGAAUCCCACCUGGGCCACGACACGGUCCGAGCCCUGAUGUACUAUGCCCUGAAGGUCUGGAGCGACAUCACCCCGCUCAACUUCCACGAGGUGGCAGGAAACAAUGCUGACAUCCAGAUAGACUUCUCCAAGGCAGACCACAACGAUGGCUAUCCCUUCGACGGGCCUGGUGGGACGGUGGCACACGCUUUCUUCCCUGGAGACCACCACACAGCAGGAGACACUCACUUCGACGACGACGAGUAUUGGACCUUCCGAUCAUCAGAUGCCCACGGGAUGGACCUGUUUGCUGUAGCUGUCCAUGAGUUUGGCCACGCCAUUGGCUUGACCCACAUCUCUGCCAUAGAGUCUAUCAUGAGACCCUACUACCAAGGUCCAGUGGGGGACCCUCUGAAGUAUGACCUGCCUUACGAGGACAAAGUCAGAAUCUGGCAACUCUAUGGAGUCAGGGAAUCCGUGUCCCCCACAGCCAAGCCUGAAGUGAGCAAAACAGAUGACCAUCCCAUCCUGCCAGAGCUGCCAGAGAACCGCUCCACUGUCCCGCUCCGGCGGGAUGUGCCCAACAGAUGCAACACACACUUCGAUGCUGUGGCCCAGAUCCGGGGAGAGGCUUUCUUCUUCAAAGGCAAGUACUUCUGGAGACUGACUCGCAAUAAGCACUUGGUCUCCCUCCAGCCGGCUCAGAUCCACCGUUUCUGGCGGGGUUUGCCGCUCAACCUGGACAGCCUGGACGCAGUCUACGAGAGAACCAGCGACCACAAGAUCGUCUUCUUCAAAGGAGACAGAUACUGGGUCUUCAAGGACAAUAACGUGGAGGAGGGAUACCCACGGCCCAUUUCAGACUUUGGUCUGCCACUGGGAGGAAUCGACGCCGCUUUCUCCUGGGCCCACAAUGACAAGACUUAUUUCUUUAAGGACAAUCUCUACUGGCGCUACGACGACCACGAGCGGAGGAUGGAUCCCGGGUACCCUUCAGAGACCAUCCUGUGGAAGGGAAUACCAAGCCCUUUAGAUGAUGCCAUGAGGUGGUCAGAUGGUGCAAGUUACUUCUUCAGGGGCAAGGAGUACUGGAAGGUGCUGGACAGCGAGCUGGAGGCCCAGCCCGGUUACCCCCAGUCCAUUGCCAGAGACUGGCUGGUGUGUAGUGACAUGCAGGCCGACGCCCCGCAGGCAGCCGGGAGCAGCAGGACUGGGGCUCGCUCCAGGCCGGGGCAGCACGACGAGAGCCGCUCCGAGAACGGCUACGAGGUCUGCUCCUGCACCUCGGGCACGCCGCCCCUGAGGGCCCUGCCCGUGCUCAGACUGACAGCCAGCCUGGGGCUGACAGCUCUGUGGACAGCAGCACUGCUCUGUGCAGCCCUAUGACAGCUCACCCCACCGGCGGGACAACACCAUGGUGCUCCAGGAUACAAUUCCAUGAUGCUCACUGUUGCAAGCAGAAAAAAAAAAACCAACACAUUCCUAGGAACAUGCCAGUGAAGGAUUUGAAUUCUCCAUGAGAAAUGAACAGUGGGUUUUGGUUGGUUGUUUGUUCUGUUUUUUUUCCUUUUUAGUUUUAAGGUCUAAUAACAGAUUUUGAGUUCUGCACCUCCUUAUUCCCCCAUCCUGUUAAAGAUGAGAGCAGCCUAACGUUGAAUUUAGAAAUGUUCCAUAGAGAUGUGUUGCUCUGGAUGUUCAAACACAGCAGACGAGGGAGGGGAGAGCUGCUGGGAUGGAGUGGGGACAGAAGAGGUGCUGCUGAGGCAGACGGCGACAUCCCGGCGGACAGGCGGUGAGGCUGCGGGCGGGAGGUGGUGGUUAUGUGCUGACACGGUGUUCACAUCCCAUUGGAUGUACUGGGCAGAGGGAAACUGUGGCUCCCCUAAGAUUAACGGCAAGGUGAUCAUUUCACUGUCAAACCUGCUGUGGUCACUGGUGUCUGGGUAACCUCUAUCAGUGUCUACAGGUCAGAAACACCUUUGCCUUCCAGAAGGCAGCGCCGCUUCUCUUUGUAUCCGACUCGUUGGAAUUUACAAUUUCUCUAAUAAACCUUGGCUGCCUACA